AUGGGACGGUCACAAAAUAUCAACCCUCACUCCUCUGACGAAGCACAUUCAAUGCCCGCAAAAUCCAAGAAAGAAAAUCAUGGACUCGGUCGAGCAAUCAUCAACAAGAAGGCGAAGGAUGCGAAGCAGGCACAUGAGAAUGGGGAUCUUUAUACCACAGAUUUUGAAAAAUACAGUCGACUCAAUUCAGUCACUCAACAAGGGGAUCUGGAUGAGUUCCUCAAUACCGCUCAGCUAGCUGGCACAGAAUUCGUUGCAGAAAAGCAAAAUAUCCGCAUCAUGCAAUCCCCUUCUGCUGCAUCAUCUUCCGCUCAUAAUCCCUUCCUGCUCAGUGCCGCUGAGGAGCGCGAAGCUCGCCGUCUCCACCAGGAGAACAAAGCUCUUCUACGUGUCCCUCGUCGCCCGCCUUGGACCAAAUCUACUCCUCAUGCGCAGCUCGAGCGGCAGGAGAAGGAUGCCUUUCUGAUGUGGCGGCGAUCACUUGCGAAUCUGACUGAGUCGAAUCCGAACCUCCUGCUCACGCCAUUUGAGCGAAAUAUCGAGCUUUGGCGCCAGCUCUGGCGUGUGCUGGAGCGAAGCCAUUUGAUUGUGCAGAUUGUGGAUGCUAGGAAUCCGCUGGCCUUCAGAUGCGAGGAUCUUGAGUCGUACGUUCAGGAUGUCGAGGGACCGGAGGGCGAGAAAGGUGGGAGGAAAGGCAUGAGAAACUCGCUGCUAUUGGUCAAUAAAUCAGAUCUAUUGACUGCUCAGCAAAGACAAGCUUGGGCCGACUAUUUCGAAGGACAGGGCAUCAAAUUUGCAUUCUUUUCUGCUGCCGACGCAGCUGCGCUGCAAGAAGCUGCCCGAGUUGAAGCGCUGGAUGUGGAAGAGAUGCACGAGAGCUCUUCAGAUGAAGAAGAUGACGAGGACAACGAGGAGAGUGUGGAUGACAAAUAUGGCGCCGAAGACGACAUAGAGGACAUAAACCCUGAUGCGGACUUUCAGGUGGAAAGCCGACUAGCCGCAGAUCUUGAGGCUGCUACAAAGCUGGAAGGUAAAGUGGAGGCUCCCCACUCAGCAGGUGUGCCGGAAGAAACCGCGUCGUCCGCCGAUGAGGUGGAACAUUUCGAGGAAAACGAGGACGAACAGGUGGCAAAAGAUCCCCGGAUACGAGUGCUGGACGUGACCGAACUAGAGGACCUGUUCGUUCGGGAGGCGCCUGAUUUGACAUUGUUCGCAACAGAGAGCGUACCCACACCGAGGUUGACCGUUGGUCUUGUGGGCUACCCUAAUGUCGGCAAGUCUAGCACGAUCAACGCCCUCAUCGGCGCGAAGAAGGUUUCCGUUUCCUCCACCCCCGGGAAAACCAAACACUUCCAAACCAUCCACCUAUCACCUGAUCUCAUCUUAUGCGACUGUCCAGGUUUGGUUUUUCCGCAGUUUGCAAACACCAAAGCCGAGCUUGUUUGUGACGGUGUUCUCCCUAUUGAUCAGAUCAGAGAGUGGAGUGCACCAGUACAGCUUGUAGUGAGCCGUGUUCCCAGGCAAAUCUUGGAAGGAACCUACGGGAUUGUGAUGCGGACACCAGCUGAAGAGGAAGGUGUUAGGGAAGCAAAUGCUGAAGACCUCUUGGUACCUUAUGCAAUCGCUAGAGGCUUUGCAAGAGCUGGCAAGGGCGAACCCGACGAAUCCCGUGCGGCACGUUACAUACUCAAGGAUUAUGUGAACACAAAGCUGUUGUACUGUCAUCCACCUGUGGGCAUUGAUUCUGACGAAUUCAACUCUCCAUCUCGUGCACUGGAAAUCCGAAGAUUGGAGAAGCUUGGAAAGAAGAAAGCACCCACAACUCGAGUUGGAAAGGACUCAGACGCGUUCAUUCCUUCGCCGGGACAAUCAUCCACCGGAGGCACAGACAACAUGUCUCAGCCAAGUGCCCACAAAAGCGAUGCGCUGGACCGAGAGUUUUUCAACACCAACGCCAUGGGCAAUCGUCCUUACAUGAACGGUCGCGGAAGUCGACCGAUGCCGCAUCAAAGACUAGUGGCCGACGACGGCCGUACGUUGACAGCUCAGGAACAGAAACUAGCGGCCCUUGGCUACGGGCUCGGCGCGGGGAGCAAAAAGCACAAGCUGCCGAAGCGGACGAAGCAGAGAAGUGGCAAGGGAUAUGAUUAGUUCAGUUGGAUGUUGAGUUUCCGUGCUUGUCGGAAAGAGGCGGUGCAUGUCUCUCUUUGGCAAUAUGCCAGAGCGGCCGCAAUAUUAGUAGUAGUAUGGCGAGCUCGAAGCUGCUCGCUGUGGCGUGCCAUAAUGUGAA